GUGCUGUGUGAACGUUCUGUGCGACCGGGUCGAAACGGUCAACGUAAGACCGAAAAUGCAAAACACGAUUUAAAAAAUCCGGAAAAAUGAUUAACAAAAUCUAAAACCCAUUUUGCCACAUUUGAGCCCUUUUUUUAUAAAAUAUUUCUUUUUUUCGAAAUAAAUGUUUAAACGUAAGUAGAUAAUUUUUCAAAAUCCUGGUUAGUUAAUUUUUUUUAAAUAAAAAUUAUCGCCUUAGUACUGAAAAAACGUUGAACUGAAAAAUGUGGCCGUUCGAUCAUCUAUUUAAAGAGUAUUAUUUAGAAAGCGCCGGUUAAAAUUUUUUCCCUCAACCACCCUUCAUUUUUGAACUGGACUUUUCAUUCAAAUAGAAAGAAGGAAUGGAUAAAAAUAAAAGUAUUACGAUUAUGGAUUGGGUCAUCAGGGAUAACUAUACGAAUCCAGAGCUGAACGCGACGAGCACUUCGGAAGAAAUCAACUCGUUCUACUUCUAUCAGACUGAACAGUUCACGGUGUUAUGGCUUCUGUUCGCGGCUAUCGUCCUCGGCAAUUCGGCGGUCCUCCUCGCCCUCCUCUUCAGCAAGACGAGCAAGUCAAGGAUGAACUUUUUCAUAAUGCACCUUGCACUCGCUGACUUGUCAGUCGGCUUGAUAAGCGUUCUGACGGACAUCAUCUGGAGGAUAACAGUGGCCUGGAAAGCCGGAAACACAGUCUGCAAACUGGUCAGAUUCAUGCAGGCGGUCGUUACAUACUCCUCGACCUACGUGCUGGUGGCUUUGAGUCUGGACAGGCUGGACGCUAUAACGAGGCCGAUGAAUUUUUCAGGCAGCUGGAGACGCGCUCGGCUGCUAGUCGGUUUCGCUUGGUCUCUCAGCGCCGUCUUCUCGUCGCCUAUCCUCUUCCUUUACGAAGAGAGGCUCAUCCAGGGAAGCGCUCAGUGCUGGAUCGAGCUGGGAUCUUCGUUCAAGUGGCAGCUCUACAUGAGCCUCGUCGCCCUGACACUUUUCCUCAUUCCUGCCGUGGUCAUCACAGGAUGCUACACGGUGAUCGUGUACACGAUAUGGACUAAAAGCGUCCACAUCACCCGCGACAGCCAACAGUCAACCCCUCUCAAAAACGGGGACAAGCACGACGAGAACGACAUCAGGAGAGCGAGUUCUAGAGGUAUCAUUCCAAGAGCAAAGAUCAAAACAGUCAAAAUGACAUUUGUAAUAGUCUUCGUUUUCAUCCUUUGUUGGAGUCCUUAUAUCGUCUUCGAUCUCCUUCAAGUUUUCGGCUACGUACCAAGAACGCAGACCAACAUCGCAGUGGCUACUUUCAUCCAGAGCCUCGCCCCGCUGAAUUCAGCAGCCAACCCUGUCAUCUACUGCUUAUUUUCUACUCAUAUAUGCAGGGCGCUUGGCAAAUUACCUCCGUUUUCAUGGAUCUGCUGCUGUUUGGUCAACAGGGGAAACGAAUCUAGCAGUAUUAUCGACACGGUGACUUCGACACUGAGAAGAGCGACUGUCCGCAACCCUGAUAAUCUCUAAUUUAAAAUUUUUAAAAAAACUUUUCUUUUUAUAAAUUAUUUAUUCUCUGCUGUUUAUAUUUUAUUCCUAGGAAUAUUCCUGAGUCAUAAGGUUUACAUUAACGGUGAAUGUUCCAAAUGAAUCUCCUAAAUUAUUAAACGUAUCGGUAGUGUUUUGUGUAAUCCCUUUUAUAUUGUAAUUCGUCUCUUAUCUAUUAAGUCUCAUUGUAAAACUGUUUUUUGUUUUAUGUUAAAAACCUAUUUUAAAAAAAAGAAAAAAUUCAAAUAGAUUGGUGUUAAUGAAAUAAGACACAUUAAAUGUUUAUUUUAAAUAAAUAAGUUUAUUUUAAAGAUUUUCCUCGUGAAAAUUGCCAUGGUGAGAGAGAGAAAAAGUAAACAAUCCUAAAACAUAUUUGUAAUUUAUAAUUGACCGAAAUCCUUAAAAGAAAAAACCUCUAUGUACAAUUACGAAUUGUCGAUGGCGAUGGUAAGCAUAUUAAUUUGAAAAAAAGAAAAUUCAACAUGCUGAAACGGUUGUUAAACAGUUAAUUUCCCCUUAGAUUGACUAGAUUUCACACUCUCCAAUAAAUAAAUAAAAAGACUACUAUGUAAAUAAAUUAAUGUAAAAC